CACAACAAAAAAAUGAUUUUUAGGUUACAAAAACUCAAAUUAAUAGAAGAAUUUCCAUGCAGAUUCUUUGAAAAACAAAUAAAAUCAAAAUGCAAAAUCUUACAGCCAUUCAAGAGGAAUAUCACACGCUGCACCAUCAAAAAUCAAGAACACUCCAAUUGAAACAAAAUGUUAUUCCUUUAAGAAAAUUGGACCCGAUGAAUUCAAGUCUAACGCCGUUGUAUGAGACAGGUAAUCAGAGGAAAUUCAUAAAUUCGAAUUGUUUUCAUCUCAAUCAAUAUUGUAGAGGAUUUGGAACUUUUCAGCAUGUGAACUCCAGUAGAAAGACGGACUUGAAUCGGGCACCCACUACCUCUCACAAUGAUUAUGUUCUUGGAUUAUUUUCACAAUGGAGACACUAUUCAGGUAACAAUAAAUCGAAUAACCUAAUGAAUCAACUUCAGCACAGUUUUAGAACGAUCGAACGUAUUUAUGGUAACAGAAUUCCCAAUGUACAACUAAAUUUUAUGAGGUCAUUCCAUCAGAAAAUCCAAGAAACUGAACAUCAACAAACAAUUGGAAACAAGAUAAGGUCAUCUAAUCAUGGAAUCCAGGAAACUCAACAUUAUCAACCAAUUAAAAACAAUAUAAGUUCAUUCCAUCAUGAAAUCCAAGGAGCUCAUCAACAUCAGCAACUGAUUGAAAAUAAUAGUCCAGUCCCUGCAAUCAUCAAUCAUCAACCGAUUAAAAACAAGAUAGGUUCAUUCUAUCAUAGAAUCCAAGAAACUCCUCAACAUCAACAACUGAUUAAAAAUAAUAGUCCAGUCCCUGCAAUCAUCAAUCAUCAACCGAUUAAAAACAAGAUAGGUUCAUUCUAUCAUAGAAUCCAAGAAAAUCCUCAACAUCAGCAACUGAUUAGAAACAAGAGUAUAGUCCCUGCAAUCAUCAAUCAAUCUCAAAGACACCUCCACACAUCACACAGUUCUCUGCAAACAACAAAAGACUAUUAUAAAAUUCUGGGUGUACCUAGGAAAUCGACAGAGGCGCAAAUCAAGAAAGCCUACUUCAUGAAAGCCAAACAAUACCAUCCCGACCAUAACAAAGACCCGGAAGCCAAGAAAAAAUUCCAAGAGCUCUCAGAAGCCUAUGUGGUACUAGGUGACCGGAAAUCGCGAGCCCUUUACGAUCCCAAAUUCAGAAAAGCUACAACUUCCAGGUCAACCCCCAGGGCUCCCAUGAACCCUUCCCCUGCAGCUGUUCAAGGUGCGGCACCUCAAGGUUCCGGGUUCUCCAACAUUUUGACGACAGCUGCUACAGCGAUUGUUGCCUCAGAGCUGUAUAGGAAAGCCAUGAGUAUGGGUCAGAAUCCUGCUGAGGCUUCAGAUCAACAGCAGCCGAUGGAUGCCGAGUCUGCGCAGAAGAUAUAUGAGGAUGUCGAGAAGGAACAGAAAGCCGGGCUGGCUGAAGACGAUGAGGAAAUUGAGGAAACUAUGGAUGCCAUCAAUGACGGGGAGUAUGAUGACGAAAAUGAUGAUGAUUCUGGAGAGUUUGGAGACUUUGGUGAUUCUGAUGAUUUUGGUGGAGGUGAUGAUUCACCACCAGAUUUCGGUAGUGAUUCCAGUGGGGAUAAAUUUAUUUAGAUACAUUAUUGUUUCAGUUUAUUGGA